AUGCCACGGCUUCUUUCGAAACAAAGUGCCUUUACUCCAUUCAUUCCUUCAAAAGAAGAAACACUGCACAAGCCAAAUAAAGUCUACAUCCUUAAGUACUUGACGACUAAAAUCUUCGACACGUUUUACUUCUCUUCACCACUGCAAACAGACCCAAUAACUGGAUUCUCACCACUUUUCUUAACUUCGCCUUCUCAGCCAAAAUACAAUAGAAAUUAUGAUAACGAGGAAUUCGACUUAAUUGUCAAAUUGGGUGAUGUUGUUGGGAGUGCAACUUCGAUAGAGGGUAUUUACUACUCCGCAAACCCAGACACCAUAUCGAGAUAUAAAAUAGUUGAUAAGUUGGGACAAGGGAUGUUUGGUCAAGUUUUCAAGGCGAAGGACCAAGUCCGAAACAAAGAUGUUGCCAUCAAAAUUUUGAAAUCAAAAUUCUCAUACUUCAGACAAGGAAUGUUAGAAGUCGCGAUGCUCUCACUUUUAAAUGACGCGUAUGACAAGACGGGAAAUUGCAAUACAGUUCGACUCGUCGACCACUUUUUGUAUCAUUCACAUCUCUGCAUAGUGACGGAGUUACUUGGCGAUAACUUGUACCACCUUAUCUUAGAAAACAAUUACAAGGGCUUUCCAAUUAGUGUAGUAAAGAAGUAUAUGAAGUCACUCCUCACAUGUUUGUCAACGUUAGAAGAUGGCAAUAUCAUUCACUGUGAUUUGAAACCGGAGAAUUUGCUGAUUGACUUGGUUACCAACAAUUUGAGGAUCAUUGACUUUGGGAGUGCGUGCUUUUCUACAUAUACAUUAUACUCAUAUAUCCAAUCAAGACAUUACAGAGCACCAGAAGUGAUCUUGGGAGUGCCUUAUAAUUGUGCGAUUGAUAUAUGGAGUGCUGGAUGUAUCUGUGCUGAAAUGGUGUUAGGUAUCCCAUUGUUUCCAGGGAAUUCCGAGUAUGAUCAGUUGUACAAAAUCAUCGAUAUGCUUGGACAACCAUCUGAAACGGUUUUGGAGAGAGGAACAACAACGUCUAACUUCUUUAAGAAGAUCCAAAACUCGAGCGGAAGAGUGAAGUACAUUCUGAAACAACAAUUCGAAUAUGAACUCGACAACGACGUCCAAAUCGAACCAGACAAAAGGUACUUCCGAUAUAAAACACUCGACGAGUUAAUAAUGAGAAUAACUAUGACUUUAUCGGACGGAGUGGUUGAUCAGAAAUGUUCGUUGGCAGAGACCCGACAGUCAUUACUUCACUUCCUCCAUGGCCUUUUACAAAUCGACCCGGAAACACGGUGGACAGCAAAACAAGCGUUGGAACACCCUUUUAUCACGGGCGUAAA